CUAGUCCGGUAGACCCAAUGCGGUAGCUCAUCUGGUUGCCGGUCACACCCCUCCAGCUGAGCUGGCCCGCCACUGCCACUGCCACUCACUGUGUACUGUCCUACCUGAGAGCUCGUUGACUCGACAGAGUCCAAGCGCACUUGCUACACUUGACAUCCAGCACCUCUUAACCUACCUAGCCUCUGAAGAUAUUUUCUCCGUGUCCUACACAAUGGCGGAUUCUAUGAACCCUCCCCUCUCGUACGAGGCCUCAGCCACAACUACUCAUCCGCAUGUCGGGACUACCCUCCCAACGGAGGUGAUUUCAUGUCUGAAGAAUUCUCGAUUCCUUCACCUUGCAACAUGUGAUGGCUUGACCCCGCACAUCUCGCUCAUGUCCUACACCUACCUCCCCUCGACUCCCUAUGACCCGUAUCCGACGAUUAUCAUGACCACCAACCCUUCCUCUCGCAAAACCAAUCAUCUGCUCACCAACCCUCGCGUGUCCCUUCUGGUCCAUGACUGGGUUUCGCACCGUCCGCCUACCCGGGCUCCCAACCCCGAUGGUCGCGAGGGGUCUCCCCCGCCUGCAGCCACACGUUCCUCUUUGGCGAGCCUGUUGUUGAACCUGAACACAAGCGCCCUUUCCAGUAUUUCCACAACUAUCGCCGGUACCGCGCGCUUCUUGGAACCUGGUUCUGAAGAGGAGGCCUGGUGCAAGAAGCAACAUCUGGAGAACAACACCUUCGAGGAAGAGCUGGGCACUUUCGGACAACAGUUGCAGCAACAACCCGGUCAAAGACGGCCCAGUAUUUCAAUCGACAGCGAUGUCCGCGUUGUGACCGUUCAGGUGCGCGAGGGCCGCAUUGCAGACUGGAAGGGUGGCGUGAGGGAUUGGCAGUUGGUAUCGGAGGGUGAGGGCACGCAGGGAACGAUGGUUAAUGGCAUUGCGCCCGAGUAAUGCUUGUUAAAUGCUGUGAUUUCUUGUAUAUCAUAUUCUAUUAGUGGGAAUAACAAAUUUGGGGA